AUGGCUAGAAUUGCGGAGAUAGGUGGUGAUACUGGGCUGCCCCCUGCUAGUGGGCCUGCAGACCCAACAACAUCUAAGAGACGCAGGGCGGUCUCACGUGGUCCACCAAAAAAACUCAAAAGAGUGGACACUUUAGCUCUCAAAGUCGGCAGUCUAUCAUCAGAGUUUGCCCAGAUUAAAGAGCUCCUGUUCAAUCUCCAGCCUGUUAAUAGGAGGCCAGUUACCGGUGGUGACUCCGCCACAAGGGACUCGCCUUGUCAGGAUGAUGAUGAUGAUGAUGAUGUACUAUCAACUGCAGCCUCCUGCAGUUUGUUUACAGACAUGGGGCAGGACGUGGAUAGAGCCACAGCCUCUCAAGCCUCUGAUGCCUUUUCUCAAGGAUCUGAUGGCAGAUCAUUACAUGGAUCAGCAGCUGGCCAUGCCACAAUGAAGCCAGCAAUUCGGAUGGCUUUAGCACGCCUGGGUCUGGACGAAGCGCCGGUUACAGCAGCUCCGUCAAGCGCCUUUUUCAGGCAAACGCCACAGUCCACUGCCUUUUCAGUCCCUCCUUCUAAGCCCUAUAUUGAAGAGCUCCAGAGGUGCUGGGCAGACCCUAAGUUGUUUUCCCAUCACACCAGUGAUUGCAGAAACUUGGCUGCCAUGCAAGAGGCAGGUAGCUAUGGGUUAGACCGUAUGGGCCCGGUCGAGCCUGCCAUUGCCUCUUUAAUAGUAUCCCCAGAUGAGGCUCUCAGAACUGAUGCCCGCUGUCCCCGUCCUCAGUGUCGACUGACCGAUGAUCUCCUUGCAAGGAGUUAUAACAUAGCAGCACGAAUGGGGCGUAUGGGCAAUUCAUUUUCCCACCUCAUCCUGGCUCUGUCUCAGAGCCUGCAGGAAACUGGUACGGACCCCGCUGCUCAGACCCUCAGUGAUGCAUCCCCUCAGGCUUUUGCUUUCAUGUCUAGGGAGCUUGGAAGGUUGAUGUCAACCAUGACGCUGGCACGCCGCCAGGUGGACGAGCUAGAGCCUCUCGCUAUUCUGGGCAAUAUGAUAAGCCGUGGCAGGCUCUUUCCCGGCCGGCUUUUCAGAUGCCAAGAGGACCAGCCCCCAGGUGUCGCCCCCCUAAAGGCUUUACGGGGCGGGGGGGUCGGACCUGAGGCUCGAGGGGCCGGUGUCGGACACUUCUCACAGCAGCACCUCAGCUACUGGGAGAGGGAGACCACAGACCCUUGGGUGGUGUCCACUCUGUCCAAGGGAUACACGCUACAGUUCCGAUGCCGGCCACCCACUUUCUGCGGGUUCAGAAUGUCUGUGGUCACAGAUCCCGCAAAAUCCCUGGCCCUCAGCCAGGAACUAGUAACCCUCAUAGAGAAAGACGCCAUAGAGCCUGUAGAGUGGCAUACACGGCUCAGUGGGUUUUAUUCAGUGUAUUUUCUAAUUCUGAAGAAGGAUGGCGGGUUCCGCCCAAUCCUAGACUUGAGAGGGUUGAACAAGUUUUUAAAGGUCCGGCCAUUCCGCAUGUUGCGGAUGACGGAUGUUCUCCAGUCAAUUGCACAAGGGGCCUGGUUUGUAUCAAUAGAUCUCAAAGAUGCCUAUUUUCAUGUGCCUGUUGCCCCCCACCACAGGCAGUUCCUAAGGUUUGCCUUUCGAGGACGGGCUUACCAAUUCAAGGUGAUGCCUUUCGGUCUCUCACUGGCCCCUCGCAUAUUUACGAGGUGCGUGACAGCUGCUCUUUCCCCCAUGCAAGCCAGGGGUUUGACAAUCUUGCCGUACCUAGACGAUUGGCUACUCAUUUCUCCAACUGCGGAGCACGCAGUCAGAGACACAGCUACGCUCUUAGGUCAUGUAAGCCAGCUGGGCCUUACAGUGAACUACACCAAGAGCAAUCUUACACCCAGUCAGCGGGUAGAUUACCUGGGCAUGACACUCGACUCACAGUCAAUGAGAGCAUUCCUUUCCCCAAAGAGAGUGGAGGUUAUUCUGCAACUUAUCGGUUGCUUCCAGAGGGGCAGGGUUUUGAAGUACGGCCUCUUUCUCAGGCUGCUGGGCAUGCUGACAGCGCCAUCCAUGGUCGUCCCUCUGGGUCUUCUUUCCUUACGGCCCCUUCAAAUCUGGGUCAACGGACUCCACUUGGACCCCAAGUGGCACAGGGGCAGGAGCGUAGUGUCCAGCUCUUGCUGCCGAACAUUGAAGCCGUGGAGGAGCAAGGUGUAUCUGACCACGGGGGUUCCUCUGGGGGUAAUCUCCUCCCGUCGAGAGGUUGUGGAGACAGAUGCCUCACUUUUGGGAUGGGGUGCAGUCUGGCAGCGCAGGACCAUCAAGGGCCGAUGGAGCGUGCAGCAGAGGUUAGAACACAUAAAUGUGCUCGAGCUCAGAGCAAUAUAUCUGGCACUACGACAUUUUCUCCCAGUACUGAAGGACCGGCAUGUACUCGUCCGGACAGACAGCACAUCAGCGGUAUAUCAUAUCAACCAUCAGGGAGGCACCAGGUCCAGGCAGAGUCUGCGAGUGUCACAGCAGCUCCUUACGUGGGCAUUUCCCCACUUCCUGAGCCUCAGGGCCGUACAUCUCCCAGGCGCGCAGAACAUUGCGGCAGAUGUUCUCUCCCGCCAGGGGCCGCCAGAGGGAGAGUGGAGACUCCACCCAGAGGUAGUGGGAGUGAUUUGGAGCCGAUAUGGCAGAGCGGAAGUGGACGUCUUCGCCUCAGAAGCGUCAGCACAUUGUCCCCUCUGGUACUCCUUAAGGGAGAGGACCAGCCCUCUGGGGCAGGAUGCCCUCGCUCACACUUGGCCAGCAUGCCUUCUGUAUGCCUUUCCACUGAUUCCACUCAUUCGUGUGACGCUGGACAGAGUCCAAGUAGGAGGCCACAAACUACUGCUGGUAGCCCCCAACUGGCCAGGCAGGCCGUGGUUUCCAGUGCUCCUGAAACUGGUCAAUGGAGAGCCAUGGCGUCUCCCAAGGAGACCAGACCUUCUCUCUCAGCUGGAAGGACGCAUAUGGCAUCCGAAUCCAGAUCGCCUUCAGCUGUGUGUCUGGCCAUUGGAAGCCAGGAUCCCCUCCUGGCAUCCUGUGACCAGUCAGUGAUCCACACGGUGUUGAGUUCGAGGGCCCCCUCCACUAGGUCCCUCUACGCUAAUCGAUGGAAGCUUUUUUCCCAGUGGUGCAAGACAA